UUGGCAAUGGUAAGUUGGUAACCAUAACGUGGAUCCCCUAGUAGCCCGUCAGCUGGACCUCCAAAACUUGGGCGUGUGUAAAACAACCCACACACACACACACCCCACCGCACAAAACUUCAAAAAUGGGCCAGGCAUUUCGUCGAGCAUCUAGCAAGCUCCGUACAACUUCACCACCGUCUUCAUCAUCUCAACUCCAUAAACCACUUGAUCGCCCCCCACCUUUCCCCCCCGCCGAUCCCAACUUUCCGGCAGGUCGUAAUGCUGCCCCUAGCUCCGAUGAAAUACUAAGAAAGAGUGGUGCGGAAAAUGUUGUCGAAGAAGAAGAGCGUGAUUCGGAGUAUGAUGCUAUGCUUAGCAAGAUGGUGGGGCGAAUUCAAACGAAACCCGGAGGGAAAUUGGAGAUGGGCGAGGCAUUCGUGGUGGAGAAGUACAAUAGACCCAUGCCAAAGUUGAGGAAUACAACUACAGAGACCGGGGGUUAUGAACAAAGACCGGCUCCACCAGGAACCCUAAAUGUAGCGCAGCUUCGCCACAUGAUCCUUCUAUAUCAAGGCAAGGCAGACGAUCAUUUUGGGCCUAUGGAUGUCAAUCAAAUUGCAGAGAAAUUCCGUGUAGAUGUUGCUCAGGUUCAACGGGCCGUGCAGUUUCUUUCUAUGCCUCCAGAAUAUUUCAAUAAACAGAAAAAAGAUCCGUCGUAACCCCAUCACUUACUCUUCAACUUAUACAAGUGAUUGUUAUAGCAGAAAUGAGCCCUAUUUUACAGGGAUGUCGGAAGCAUCAUACUUGUUUGUGACAGAUAAAUGCAUCAUCUUGUAUUAAAUAAAAUCUGAGAAAAAUUAGGAUUCUGUUGAGGUUUACUGUAACACAUUAAUCGACUUGUUGUAUGGCCUGCAGGAAUGUUCUAAUUAUUGUUAAGGUGGUUAUGGUUCUGUGAGUU